CGACCGGAAAUAUGGCGUCACACCUUACGACAAAUGUACGCUUCCUGACAAUCAUCGAGCUGCUGAAAGAAACAGCGACACAGAAUUAACUCUCACAAAAACCCAAUCAGCCUUCUGAUCAACACACUACGGCCAUUAUAAUGGCCGAGGAAAACAUCUUUCUGUUCGUGCCGAAUCUGAUCGGUUAUGCCCGAAUUAUUUUGGCUUUGUUGUCCUUCUAUUUGAUGCCAUGCUGUCCAGCUCCAGCAGUGUUCUGUUACCUGCUGAGCGCACUAUUAGAUGCAUUUGAUGGACACGCAGCAAGAGCCCUUAAUCAAGGCACUAAAUUUGGUGCCAUGCUGGACAUGUUAACUGACCGCUGUGCCACCAUGUGUCUGUUGGUGAACCUGGCUCUGCUCUACCCGUCCUACACCUUCCUCUUUCAGCUGAGCAUGAGCCUGGAUGUGGCCAGCCACUGGCUGCACCUGCACAGCUCUAUGAUGAAGGGAGCAGCCAGCCACAAAACCAUUGACCUGUCUGGCAACCCCAUUCUCAGGAUCUAUUACACCUCCAGGCCGGUGCUCUUUUUCAUGUGUAUGGGGAAUGAGCUGUUUUACUGCCUGCUGUAUGUGCUGUACUACAUCGAAGAGCCACAGGUGUGGCUACAGUGGCUCUUGGCGGUGUGUGGUGUUGUAUGUGUGCUGAAGGCGGGUAUCAGCGUACUCCACCUCAUCACCGCCUCCUGCAACAUGGCUGCCAUUGACCAAGCUGACCGCGAAAUGGCAAGGAGCAAGACCAAGUGAGAGAAGAAUAAAGGAAGAAUGGAAGAGUGCAUCUAAAUGGACCUGUGAUGUAUAAGUACUAUCUGUGUAAGGAGGGGAUGAGUGAAAAACAGGCGGAUAAAAAGAGGGAUGACACCUGUGGGGUUGGGAGGUUAAAGAGGGAUAAAGACCAGUUCAAAAGAUAAGUUAAAGGAAUACUUUAGUUUUUCAACCUAACCUCUGUCUGUCACAUCUGACGUUAAUGGUUGAUUUACCACAGACAUUUCAGUGUAUUGACCUGUUGGCUUGAGAUUCCCUUAUAAUAGAAACCACAGAGCAGUUGCUGUUUCAUGUUAUAUAAUCAUAUUUUAAAAUGUUUAUUCAGAUAAUUCAGCAAUUGCCCAGUGGCUUCUUUCUACUGCAAAGAGGGCUCAUACCCUGGGGGGGAUGAACUUCUGCACAUUUUAAUGCACAAUUAUUGUUUAUUUGCUCAAUGUAACAUAUUGGGGUAAAAAAUAAAACAUAAAAUGUGGCCUGUGCAAAAGUCAUAGAAGCAGUGCUUAUGACUACCUUGAGAUUAACAUUUUUGACAUAAAACGUGUAAAACAAGUCUCUCUUGUUAAAAGCAACUGAACAAAAAUGCGCCUCGGUCUGCUAAAAACACGUAUGUUGUGAAACCCACCCACGUGUGGUUCAAGUGAAUGUGUUCUUUUCUAAAUACAUGGAAAUGCAUGAGAAUUGUCUGUGGUAAUCAGUGGUAUGAUGCAGAAGCGGCAGAUUAAGCUUAGGUUGCAGUUGAGUAUUGCUUUAAUAGAAUUGAACUGUGGGGUCUUUUUAGAGCUGUCCUGAUGAUCAAUUAUUUAUUUAUUCAUAGACUACUAGUGGUAAUGUAAUGGUUAUAUAUCAGAUUGCUGUUGCUCUUGUUUUAAUCUAAGUAUCUUGGGUUUGUGUUUCUUAUUCCAUCCAUAUAAUGAAAUAUUGUUUGAGUUUGACCCUUACACCAUCCACUAAGUAAAGGUAUCGACAGAUGUAUGUUACCCUCAGGUAAAUAAAGAAUAGUAUAGCAGGGAUACACAUGCAUGGAUUCUCCAGCUUGCUCAGCUAUACGAAUGACUGGCACAUUACACACUUCAAAAUGAAAACCAGUUGAGUGUUGUGGUUUGGUUUUUGUUUACGUUAAUUGGAUGUUUUAUCAGUUGUAGUAUUUUAUUGUUGCUAUCUUUUUUUAUAUAUAUAUAUAUAUAUAUAUAUAUAUAUAUAUAUAUAUAUAUAUAUAUAUAUAUACACACACACGCACACACACACACACAUAUGCGUGCCGGUGUGCAUAUGAAAGUGCCAUAUUGUGUGUUUAUUGGGGUGGAAAAAGCACAUAGAAAUUGUACUUACAUAUAUAUAUAAUUUUUGCAAUAACAGGAAUUUGGUAGACUGGCAACAGAAAAAGAGAAAAAUCACGUGGCCUUUGAGAUUUGCAGUGAGUACUUUGAAGCUAGAAAAGUUAUGUUUUUUUCUUUUGAAAUGUCAUUGAUUAGAAAUACAACUAUUGAAUUUCACUUGUACUCGACUACAAACCUCGCAUAAGUACAAUUACUCCAGUAUUUUCCACCCCUGGUAUUAAUUGGGAAAAUAAAUUGUUUGAGUGGAAAUGUCACCUCUGGUAAUCCCACUGUGUCAUCCGAACCUUAUGAAUGUAUUAGUGCUAGAGGAACACUGUAGACAUACUAUUGCUUUCUGUAGACAUAUUCACAGAAAUAAAGAAAUCCUCAUAAAAUGAA